UCCAAACCAACCAAAUGGAAUGCGAAUCUAUAAAUAUAUGGCACUCCUAAUAUGGCAAAUGUUUGUUUUUUAAAAUUUUCGAUCGAUUAACGGAAUUUUCGCAAAAUUUGUAUCGCAAAAAAUGUUCAUUUUCUAUAUCCUAAUAAAACUAUGCCUAUUACAUCUAACAUGGAUACCGUCAAUAAAUUCGGUUACCAUGGAACAAUUCGAACAAAGCUUAGAUAUGAUGCGUAAUGGCUGUGCACCCAAGUUUAAAAACUCUAUAGAGACCCUGGAUGCCUUGCGCUUUGGAAGAUUUGAACAAAUCGAUGAGAGUUCAACGGACAUAAAGUGCUAUGCAAAGUGUAUUGCUCAGCUGGCGGGAACGUUAACCAAAAAAGGUGACUUCAGUAUACCAAAGGCCACCGCACAAAUACCGAUUAUCUUGCCCAAGGAAAUACAGGAUAGUGCAAGGGAUGCACUCAAUUCAUGCAAGGAAGUUCAAAAGGACUACAAGGACUCAUGCGAUAAGGUGUUCUUUACAACCAAGUGUGUGUAUAAUUUCAAACCUGAGGUAUACAAAUUUCCAUAAUAUUUAGCAAAAUAAAGAUAACUCGUUGGACAGAAAAAAAAAAAA